GCGAAAUCCACUGCUGGCCACGAACCUGACUAUAGGGCGAGGCCGGAACUCAGCAUCAUUCAUACUCUCCUCAUUUGAACCACUGUUCAAUCAUAAUUCUGAUACAGCUGGCAAAUUGUAGCUGCUAGCUUCACCCGUGCCCCGGCAUAUACACCUCCGCCGCCGUCUCUGAUGACAACCGAGGCAGAUGAAGUAGCCUCCCUCGUCCUAGAACAAUUCGAAAGGCUUCCUGCGAAGAGGAAGCCGUCCUCCCGUGACAAUGGUACUCGUGAAUGGGUGCCCCUUGCUGGGAUAGUCGCUAGGCAUGGCGAUGGAUCUCUGCAAUGCCUGGCUUUGGCAACCGGCAUGAAAUGCUUACCUGCAUCCAAACUGUCUUCAGCCAAAGGCCGGGUCUUGCAUGACUGGCACGCCGAAGUGCUGGUAAUCCGCGCCUUCAACUACUUCAUCCUGCAGGAGUGCAGGGCCAUCGCCACCGACGGCAAGGACUCACCGUACGUCUGCCGACGAACCAGCACCACAACGGACGAGCCGUCUGAGAACAGGCCCCAGUUUUUCUGGAAGGAGGACGUGACGCUGCACAUGUACUGCUCAGAGGCCCCCUGCGGCGACGCGUCAAUGGAGCUGACCAUGUCGGCCCAACAGGACGCGUCCCCGUGGGAGGCCCCGCUCCCGCCACAUCUGAUGCCAAAAGAAAAGGCCAAGGAAUCGGCUCUCCUCGGCCGCGCGUGCUUCGGCCAGCUGGGCGUCGUGCGCCGGAAGCCGGCCCGGGCGGACGCGCCGCCAUCGCUGUCCAAGUCGUGCUCCGACAAGCUCGCCAUGAGGCAGUGCGUCUCGCUUCUCAGCUCCCCUGCGGCGCUGCUGAUCUCGCCUGCUGGUGUUUAUCUCACAUCGCUGGUGCUACCGGAGAGUCAAUUCUCAGCUGUAGCGUUUGAGAGAUGCUUCUCCACCCGGGGCAGGCUGGCGGCCCUGGGUACGGUGGGGACGGAAUGGGAGGGUGGAUAUGCGUUCCGCCCGUUUGAGGUGCAGACCACCGGGCUGGAAUUUGAACACUCGCGCCGUGGCUCGAGAUGCAGCGAAGGAGUGCGUUAUGUGGCGAGCAAUCUUGCCACGGCUUGGACUCGUAACGGCCUCGAGGAGAACUUGAUCGGUGGCGUGCUUCAGGGGCGGAGGCAAUCAGAUAUGCGAGCUGGCAGUGCGGUCUCGAGGGGGAGAAUGUGGCUGUUGGUGCAGGAGAUUUUGCAACACGCCGAGUCCGCCGUGAUCCUGCCGACGUUUGAGACGUACGAGUCUCAUAAGAAGAGCCCCUGGUUGACCAUGAGAUCCAAGGUGAAAGAAGACGUGCGACGGGAGGCGCUCAAGGGGUGGAUUAGGAACACCGGCGAUGAUGUCUUUGGCUGACCAUCCUGAUACAAUGACUUUGGUUCACGGCGUCUUCAUACUUGAGCUGACAUGCCCCUACUCUGUGGAGCGUCUUGGCCAUAUCAUGCCAGCUCGACUAUGUCUACAGGCCUAGAGGGUCUAUCCGAAAUCGGGAUAUAGAACAGACAAGUGGGCAGGCAGCUAAUGGUGAUGGAAGGAAGGUAUGGCUAUCCUCUAAACACUUCUUCGGGACAAUCUGGUGCGAGAGAAGAAACAAGUGGGAAUGGGACCGUGCUCCCGAAGGGGGCUACACGACGGCACCGCCUGUCCAAGGCCAAGCUGCCUUGAAUAGAUAUCAACCAAUUGAGGAUGGUCGUGUGAGGACAGAAGGAAUAAGUUCAUUGCCCUUUUCACCUCGCAUCCUGCUGCCGUUC